CAGAAAAACAGAGCGGGGCCAACUGCAGCGUGUAGUGCGAGUGGGGCAGGACGCGCGCCGCCCGCCCGCCCGGAGACCCGCAAGGAGUUGGCAUUUGUUGGAAGAGUUUGUGAAACCUUCUCUCUGCCCAGAGCUCCGGGACCAAUGCAUCUUCCCACCACCUUAAACCACUGAGCAGUUCAGAGCCCCAGUUGCAGAAGACUUGUCCUGUUACCACCAUGAGCUCUGAAUGUGAUGUUGGUGUUUCUAAAGCCGUGGUGAACGGGUUGGCGCCAGGCAGCAAUGGGCAGGACAAAGCAACUGCCGACCCUUUACGUGCACGCUCUAUUUCUGCUGUUAAAAUAAUUCCCGUGAAGACAGUGAAAAGCUCUUCAGGCCUGGUACUCCCUCCAGACAUGGAUCCAACGAAAAUCUGCACUGGGAAGGGAGCGGUGACUCUCCGGGCCUCGUCUUCCUACAGGGAAGUCCCAAGCAGCAGCCCCACAAGCCCUCAGGAAACCCCACAACAUGAAAGCAAACCAGUUCUGGACUCAGAGAAUCCCUCAGCAGAUGAGUGGAGGCUCUCUUCCAAUGCUGAUGCCAAUGGAAACGCCCAGCCUUCCUCACUUGCUGCCAAGGGCUACAGAAGUGUGCAUCCCAACCUUUCUUCCGACAAGCCCCAGGAUUCAGGCCCUCUACUGAAUGAAGUUUCUUCAUCCCAUGCUGGAACGGAUUCCCAAAUCUCUGCACCAGUUAGCAAACCAUCAUCUGCCUACCCCUCUACGACAAUUGUCAAUCCUACUAUUGUGCUCUUGCAACACAAUCGAGAACAGCAGAAACGACUCAGUAGCCUUUCAGAUCCUGUCUCAGAAAGAAGAGUGGGAGAGCAGGACUUGGCACCAGCCCAGGAAAAACCCAGCUCACCUGGAAGGGCUCCUGAAAAAAAGGCAAAGGAUGACAGUAGACGGGUGGCCAAGAGCGCUCAGGACCUAAGCGAUGUUUCCAUGGAUGAAGUGGGCAUCCCACUCCGGAACACCGAGCGAUCAAAAGACUGGUACAAGACCAUGUUUAAACAGAUCCACAAGCUAAACAGAGAUGAUGAUUCAGAUCUGUACUCGCCUCGGUACUCCUUUUCUGAAGACACAAAAUCUCCCCUUUCUGUGCCUCGCUCAAAAAGUGAGAUGAGCUACAUUGACGGUGAGAAGGUGGUUAAGCGGUCGGCCACACUCCCCCUCCCAACCCGCUCUUCCUCACUCAAAUCAAGCCCAGAAAGAAACGACUGGGAGCCCCCAGAUAAGAAAGUGGAUACAAGGAAAUACCGUGCAGAGCCCAAAAGCAUUUACGAUUAUCAGCCGGGCAAGUCUUCCGUUCUGACCAACGAAAAGAUGAGUCGGGAUAUAAGCCCAGAAGAGAUAGAUUUAAAGAAUGAACCUUGGUAUAAAUUCUUUUCGGAAUUGGAGUUUGGGAAACCGCCUCCCAAAAAGAUAUGGGAUUAUACUCCUGGAGACUGCUCUAUCCUUCCUAGAGAGGAUAGAAAGACUAAUCUAGAAACAGAUCUCAACCUCUGCCCAGCAGAGUUAGAGGCAGAUUUAGAAAACACGGAGACGCUUAAUAAAGCACCCGGGGCAAACUUGUCACAGAGCUCGACGGUCAGCCCCACUCCAGAAAUUUCUUCAGAGCUUCCUGGAUAUAUAUAUUCUUCCAACUUCCAUGCAGUGAAGAGGGAAUCCGAUGGGGCUCCCGGGGAUCUUGCUAGUUUGGAGAAUGAGAGGCAGAUCUAUAAAAGCGUCCUGGAAGGUGGAGACAUCCCUCUCCAGGGUCUGAGUGGACUCAAGCGACCCUCCAGCUCGGCCUCCACUAAAGUGGAUCGUAAAGGUGGGAAUGCUCACAUGAUUUCUUCAUCUUCAGUUCCUAGCCGAACGGUUAGCACUAGCAAUGCGUUAGGCCCCUUGUGUAAGCACAAGAAACCCCUGUCCGCUGCGAAAGCCUGCAUUUCGGAAAUCCUUCCCUCUAAAUUCAAACCCAGGCUCUCUGCUCCCAGCGCUCUUUUGCAGGAACAGAAGAGCGUCUUACUGCCAGCAGAAAAGGCUCAGAGCUGUGAGAACCUUUGUGUUUCACUGUCUUUGAAUGAUUCCAAAAGAGGUCUCCCCCUCCGAGUGGGCGGGAGCAUCGAGAACCUGCUCACGCGCUCCCGGCGGGACUGGGACAGCAAGUCGAGCAGCACCGUGAGCCUGCAGGAGUGUGGCACCAGCGCCAGGAGGUCCUGCCCUCUCUCCAGAAGGGCCGGGUUGCAGUUCACUAUGUUCUAUCGGGACAUGCACCAGAUCAACAGAGCUGGCCUCUUCCUGGGUUCCAUCUCCUCCUCGAGCGUGCGAGAUCUUGCCUCCCACUUUGAAAGGAGCAGCCUGACAUUGGCCAGGGGUGAGCUGGGCCCCAGCCAGGAGGGCUCAGAGCACAUCCCCAAGCACACCGUCUCCUCCCGCAUCACAGCUUUUGAGCAGCUGAUCCAGCGGUCCCGGUCCAUGCCGUCCCUGGACCUGUCCGGGAGGCUGAGCAAGUCCCCCACGCCUGUACUGUCCCGGAGGGGCCUGAUCUCGGCCCGCUCGGCUGAGUCCCUCCUGGAGUCAACCAAGCUCCGUCCCAGGGAGAUGGACGGGAUGAACCCCGGGGGGCUCUACGCCUCCCCGACGUGUGGCAAUAUGGCCGAGCCCACCUUGGGCUUCAGGGGCCUCGUGCCUUCUGAGCCCCUCUCUGCCUGCUCUGACGAGCUCGACCACUGUUCAAACGUCUCCAGCGACAGCCGAGAGGGCAGCAGCGGCAGUGUCCACGGAGACUUCCCCAAGCACCGCCUCACCAAGUGCAAGGGCACCUGCCCGGCCUCGUAUACCCGCUUCACCACCAUCCGGAAGCACGAGCAGCAGCAGACCUCCAGGCAGCCUGACUGGCGCCCAGAUCUCAGAGGGGACAGGAGCACACUCCUCAGGAACAUCUACCUAAUGAGCCCCCUCCCUUUCCGGUUGAAAAAGCCCCUCCAGUACCACCCCAGGCAGCCUCCCUCUGGUGACUUCUCAGCCCCUCUGGCAGGCCAGAAGCCAGACUUCCCCAGCCAGCCCCAUCAGGACGAGACCCCCUCUAGGGGGAAGCCCUCGGUUCCCAAACGCCUGUCUUCCCGACACACCAUGGCGAGGCUGAGCCGGAUCUUGGAGCCCCCUCAGGGAAGACCUGUGGUCCCAGAGGACUGCCUGAGGGCCUUUAAUAAUGGCAACUCCAUGCCGUCCUCAGACCACGGCCUGGACAGGAACAACAACCCACAAAGUGAACUGGGAACAUCCCUUGGAGAUUCAGAAUCACCAAGACAUUUUAUACCUGCUGAUUAUUUGGAAUCCACGGAAGAAUUUAUUCGAAGGCGCCAUGAUGAUAAAGAGAAACUUUUAGCGGACCAGAGACGACUUAAGCGUGAGCAAGAAGAGGCCGAUAUUGCAGCUCGUCGCCACACGGGCGUCAUUCCGACGCACCAUCAGUUUAUCACUAAUGAGCGCUUUGGGGACCUCCUCAAUAUAGACGAUACGGCAAAAAGGAAAUCUGGGUCAGAGAUGAGACCUGCCAGAGCCAAAUUUGACUUUAAAGCUCAGACCCUAAAGGAGCUUCCUCUGCAGAAGGGGGACAUUGUUUACAUCUAUAAGCAGAUUGAUCAGAACUGGUACGAAGGAGAGCAUCACGGCCGGGUGGGGAUCUUCCCGCGCACCUACAUCGAGCUUCUUCCUCCUGCUGAGAAGGCUCAGCCCAAGAAGUUGGCACCAGUGCAGGUUUUGGAAUACGGAGAAGCCAUUGCUAAGUUCAACUUUAAUGGUGAUACACAAGUAGAAAUGUCCUUCAGAAAGGGUGAGAGGAUUGCACUGCUCCGACAGGUGGAUGAGAACUGGUACGAAGGGAGGAUCCCAGGGACGUCCCGGCAAGGCAUCUUCCCCAUCACCUAUGUGGACGUGAUCAAGCGGCCACUGGUGAAAAACCCCGUGGAUUACAUCGACCUGCCUUUCUCCUCCUCCCCAAGUCGUAGUGCCACCGCGAGCCCGCAGUCCCCCGGUCACAGCCAACUCCUCAUGCCGGCCCCCUCAUCUCUGCCCCACCCCCACCGAGCCCUGUCCCCUGAGAUGCACGCCGUCACCUCUGAAUGGAUUUCGCUGACUGUAGGGGUCCCAGGCAGGCGGUCUCUGGCCCUGACCCCACCCUUGCCUCCUCUGCCGGAGACUUCUGUCUACAACACUGACCACCUCGCCUCGUGGGCAAGGCCCGGGCCCUCCCUGUCUCUCAGCCUGCCCCGUUCGAGCUGGGCAGAUCGUUCCACCCCACGUUCCCUGACGUCCCCACUGGCCCUGCCUCCCCCCCACAAAGCCUCCUCCCUGGUGCCCGGUGCCCCGGCCUCCCUGCACAUCAACGGGGACAGUGGUAUCCACGUGCCACCCUCAGGUGUCCGCCCGGAAAGCUUCUCACGGCCGCUGCCGGGGAGCUCUGAUAGGGUCAUCUCCGAGCUCAGCGACGCCUUUAGCAGCCAGGGUAAGCGGCAGCUGAGGCGAGAAGAGCGUGGACAGUGUGAGAGGAGAGCAGAGCGGGAGGCAGGUGACAGAUGCCCUGGAGCACCCAAGAUCUCUAAGAAGAGCUGCUUGCGACCUUCAGACGUGGUCAGGUGCCUGAGCGCGGAACAGAGACUCUCAGAUCUCCACGUCCCCGAGGAGAGCCGGCCCAGCAAGCCCCUGGGUAGCCCUUUUCCGGGAAGGGAGGCUGAGCAGACAGAGCCGCGUAGAGGUGGCGAGCAGGCUGAGAGGAGGGCUGCUGGGAGUGCUGUGAGCCAGCAACCUCAAGCCCAACAGCGAAGAGUCACCCCCGACAGGAGUCACACCUCACAAGAUUUAUUUAGCUACCAAGCAUUGUAUAGCUAUAUACCACAGAAUGAUGAUGAAUUGGAACUCCGAGAUGGAGAUAUUGUUGAUGUCAUGGAAAAAUGUGAUGAUGGAUGGUUUGUUGGUACUUCAAGAAGGACAAGGCAAUUUGGUACUUUUCCAGGCAACUAUGUAAAGCCUUUGUAUCUAUAAGAAGAUUGAAAACCACAGAGAUUAUUUUUAUUGGAGGAUGAAGCAUAAUUCACGAACUGGUCUCUUUAUUUAAACAUUGAGUCCGUAGGAAAACUAACGCAGUGGAUAAAGUAAGAAGCAAAAGAGAGGGACAGAGAAGUGUUGUGUCUGAAGCCUGAGCCUGUGUGAACGUACAGUGUCAGGCAGGCUGAACUGAGAAAAAAGGAAUGAGGCAAAUCUGUAUUUACUUAGCUGCUUCUGGGAGCCACUCCAAGCCUUCCCUGCCUCUCCCCCUCUUGGGUAAUCUGACCUGUAACACGGGCCAGGAUCAGUGAGGUCAGAAAUGCCUCUUGCUGCCCCAGCCUUGACCAGCUUUUGCUAAAAGGGGUCAUUUAGCCGGAAGCAGCCCUCAGAGCAUCAGGCAGACCCCUAGCCAUUCUCCAAAGGCUCUACACCCCAGCCACCCAGAGCCCCAUUUCCAAACACUGCUGGGGAUCAGCUCGGGCUGCCGAGGCCAUCCCUGGAGGCCCCCAGGCUACCCAAGACCACGUCCCUCACUCCUGGGGUACGUGGGGAAAUGGAGGCAGAACACAGAAUGCCCUGUGCAUUCAGCCCGCAUGCAGCAUUGCUCUUGACGCCCCUGGUGUUCAGACAGAAAAGAACAUGAGGUUUGCCCGUGGGAGUGGGGUGCCCGGGUCAGAUAGUUAUAUUUGUAUUUCCAGGUGAUUAAGUUAAGAAGCUCUGUAGUUAUCGAGGUCACUUGCGGUGUGCUCUUUCCCAUAUCUCUGACUUUUGUAAGUGGUCACCUUUAGCACAGUUUCAUUUAGCAGAAUGCCACUGCUAACCUUUCUUUUCUGGAUUGUUUUUGGUCAGGGCAGUUUGGGGUUGAUGGGCCUAUUCUGACAAGGUACCAAGGAUGGCAUCCAGUGAAUCAUUUCACAUACUCCAGAUGCUGGGGCCACUGAUGAGCAGGAUGUGCUCCACACCUUAGCAGCAGUUCAGGCACCACCCACAGUGCAGUAGCCCAGGGUCGUGAGCCCCGAUGCACCCUAGUGAGGCUUCUCUUCGAGCAGAAGGUGCCCAUGCCCCAGCCCGAAGUGCGAGGCAGUGGUUCGCCACUCCCAGGAUGUCUGUGCUUUGCGGGGCUACAUCUGAGGAGGGAGGGCCCUGUGACACCCGGGGUGCUCCAGUCACAUCUCCAUCCAGUUCAAGGAUGUUUCUCAGCCUCUCUGCUAGACCCCUUAGAAAACUAGAGAAAUGACCCACUCCCUGCCCGCCAGGAACUCAGAGGUGAUUGGAGAGGUGCACACACACAAAUACUGAAUCAAGAGAGACUGUGAUAUGUGCGAAGAAGGGUAUGAGAGAGGAGGAGGAGAUUACCUUUCCCUGGAGAGACCCUAGGAAGCAUUGUCGUAUUUCUGUCUCCAUGAGCUCGCUCUUGAACAACUAGGCUGCUUAGAAGAACCUUCCUCUGAGGGUAGUUUAUGGCUGGAAAUUCUUGGAACUGUUUCCAGAGUUUUCACACUCUUAUCCUCCCCACAAAUACGCAUCCAAGGUCACAAACAGGAGUAGCAAUUCUAGGUGGUAGGGUGUAUACAGGAAUCCUGGCUCUCUGCAUGUAGCUCAGAAUUGCCCCAGGACCAUUGUCCCAAAACCUGGAGUCUUUACAGGUAGGCAGAGUUUGUCUUCAGUGCCUCCGUCCCACCUUCUGUGUCUGCCAUUCAUCUACCCAUCACCUGUCCACCCCCGUACCCCCAUCAGAGAGCCUCAUUCUCUUCCUGUCCUCCUUUCAAAUCUUGGCCUCAGGAAAGAACCUGCCACUGACUCCUUCACACUGGAGUGUAAAUGACCGGUAAGAGGAAUGUGUUACUUCUUCCUGGAGACACUUGUUUUUAGCUAGGACAGAGCAGAGCCUUUUUGAUAUUCUUUAACACUCAUUGUUUUGGAAGGUCGACUUCAGCAUCCAAGGGCACUGUCUGACUCUCUGAGGGACUAUAGUACAAGUGCAUAUGCACGUGCAUUUUGCACAACAGCAUUUCACUCAUUUUUGGAACGUAAUUCUCGUAUUGGCUAAUGUGUUUCCUGGUCUUUCUUAGAUGCAAACCAUUAAUAAUGACCUUAUUCUAAUAGCUUUUUGAGGGGUGCUUCUUAAGUAGGUAAUUUUGAACACCUCUUUCAAUACAGCUAGAAAAUAAAACCAAUUUGUAAAGCCACAUUUGCAUAUGAUGCCAGCCUCACGCAUUUGUAUAUCUUCAGAAACCCAGGUAUGCCUCACCAAUUUGCCCGUCUUUAAUAAAAUCAUGUUAAAAUUUGCAUCAAACUUCAGCUUCCUAUGUAUGACAGAACAAGGAACAAAGUUUCCAACUGCUCUUUUGUCCUCAAACAUUUAGUAAUAUAAAAUACCUAUUUUUAUGCUGAAAUAUUUAUACAGGUUUAUUAAUAGCAAGUGCAACUAACUGGCGCCAUGCCUUGCAACACAUUUUGAUAUAUUAGCCAUGCUUCUGGGUAAAGGCAAGCCCCCAACUACUUAUCUUUUGCAGUCUCUCUGGGAUCAGUUAAAGAAAAAAAUCAUAUGCGUAAGAAGUAGGACUGUAAAUAUGUAUAUUUAACUUUGUAUAGCCCAUGUACCUACUUUGUAUAGAAAAAUAAUUUUAAAAAUUUGAACUGAAGGGGGGUGAAAUAAGGAAGUCAUGAAGUUUUUUGCAUUUUUAUUUAAAUGAAGGAAUUCCAAAUAACUCACCUGCAGAUUUUUAGCACAAAAAUAGCCAUUGUAAAGUGUUAAAAUUUUAAAUAAUCAUUCUUUCUGGGAGAGAAGGUAAUUGUGAUCUCAGUUAUAGGUUUUUUAUUUUGGUUUUGAUUUUUUUUGUUUUUGUUUUUGUUUCUUGGCUGUCUUAUUUAUCUACAGUAGUAUUAAGUUCUUUUGCUAGAAUAAGUUACUACAAAGAAGAUUAUAUUCUGAAAGAAAAAUAACUGACAUUAUAUAUAACCAAUUAAUUUAAAGUGUUGCCAUUUACACACCAAGAGCAUGUACUAUGCAGACACAGAUUUUUCCAUUCAUUUAUUUUUCUUUAUUGCGGUGGAUUGAUUUGAUAAAUGGAUGUGUUGAAUUACUACAUUUGCUGUACAUAUUAUUUAAUAAACUUUAUUCAGAA